AUGGACCUCGAUUUGGAGUGGAAAAGCAACAAACCAGGGACACUGUCCAAGAGAGAGCCCGGUUCCAACACAGUCAUAUGCCCUGAUACAGAAGAGAAUGACAGCGAAGAGAUUGUUUAUCCUACGAUUGGCAAGCACAUUUUGGUAUUGUUCGCUAUCGCAUUAUCCAUCUUUCUUGUCGCCCUCGACACCAGCAUUGUCUCGACGGCCAUCCCUCACAUUACUGAUGACUUUCACAGCCUGGACGACGUCGCUUGGUAUGGCAGUGGCUUCUUUAUGACCACUGCCACUCUCCAACCCUUGUGGGGGAAAGCCUACAAGUUUUUCCCAUCCAAGCCCGUGUACCUGCUAUCCAUUCUCAUAUUCGAGAUCGGUAGUCUCAUUUGCGCUGUUGCACCGACCUCCGCCGCCCUCAUUAUUGGCCGUGCCAUAGCUGGAGUUGGUGGUGCAGGGGUUACCUCGGGAUCAAACAUCAUCGUCGCCCAGAGCGCGCCACCGUCAAAGGUUCCUGCUCUGCUGGGCGUCAUAGGAGCCACAUUCGCCAUUGCGAGUGUCAUUGGCCCACUUCUCGGGGGCGCAUUCACCGAUAACGUCUCGUGGCGCUGGUGUUUUUAUAUCAAUCUUCCUAUUGGUGGCCUCGCGGCCUUUGUUAUCAUAGUAUUCUAUUCAAGUCCAGCACACGCAAAACUCGUCCGUGCAUCAUGGAAAGAGAGGAUUCUGCAGAUGGAUAUCGGAGGCGUUAUUGUCAUGUUGGGAGCAGUUAUCAGCUUCCUUCUUGCCUUACAGUGGGGAGGCGUCACAAAACUGUGGUCAUCUGGCAGUGUGAUUGGCACACUUGUCACUGCUGCUGUGCUUCUCGUCGUAUUUAUCGUGUUUCAAUAUCUCCUAGCCGAAUCGGCCACCGUCAACCCACGCUUACUGAAGAACAAGUCUAUAACCCUACUAAUGAUAUUCACCGCGAUCAUCUCUGGAGGCUUCUUCAUCCUGCUGUAUUAUUUACCCAUCUACUUUCAAGUAGUGGCCGGAGUCAGCGCAGCACAAUCUGGCAUUCGAACCAUUCCACUUGUCGCUGGGGCGUCAAUCUUCGCAAUUGUAGCGGGACUCAUAGUUACGGCAACCAGCGAGUAUCAGAUAGUUGCUCUACUAGGCAGUGCGUUUGUUACAGCAGGAAGUGGUCUUACAUACACUUUGAACACCGAAAGUAGUAGCAAGGAGUGGAUUGGUUACCAGGUUUUGGUUGGGAUAGGUUGUGGCCUCACUUUGCAAGUACCUGUGAUGGUCGCCCAGGCCGUCGCCGACCCUACGGAUUUGAGCACUGCGUCGGCAAUGGCGCUAUUCUUCCAGUUUCUUGGAGGUGCCAUUUGGUUGUCAGUCAGCCAGUCUCUGUUCUCGAACAAAUUAGUGCAUUCCUUGGAUAAAAUCGAGUCAGUUGAUGCAGCUGACUUGCUGGCUGCCGGUGCGACAGAGCUGCGGAACCGUCUGUCAGGACAAGAUUUGAUACAUGCCAUUGAGAGUUAUAUGUCUGCAUUGAAGGAUGCUUUUAUACUCUCGAUCGCUCUUGGAGGGGCUGCAUUUGUCGUCACCAUCUUUACGAUGGUCUUCGAUCGAAGAAGACUAGACAAGAGUAGGUAG